AGCAGACCCGCUGCUCCUGCGCUUCCCGGGAGUCGGAGAACUUUCAGCCAAUCAGAACCUCGGCUGCGUAUUACGUCAUCCUCAAUCAGCGACAGCUGUUUUGAACUUUUGCACCCAAGUUAUCAGACUCACCUGAACUUGCAACAUGACGGCGGACAUAUGGGACGUUGUUGUAGUCGGAGCCGGACUGUCCGGCCUGAGUGCGGCUCAUCUGCUCAGAAAACGGGACGCUAAACUGAGAAUCCUGAUCCUGGAGGGGAAAGAUCGAGUGGGAGGUCGCACCGUGUCUUUGGAGAUCCCAGCAGCGGACGGCGUUGAUCGCUGGGACUUUGGGGGACAGUGGGUUGGAAGCACCCAAACUCACAUUAUGGAGCUCAUAAAAGAUUUGGACUUAGAGAUUUAUCCGCAGUUCAAUGCUGGGAAAAAGGUCCUUCAUGUUGGUGGGCCGACGUCCAAAGUGCGAGUGUACCAGACCAGCAUCCCCGCUCUGUCUCCGCUGGUGCUCCUGGACUUCACCCAGCUACUGUGGAAGGUUGACAGGCUGUGCAAAACGGUGUGCAUUCAGGAUUUGCUGAGAACUCCCAAUGCGGCGGAGCUGGACAGCAUGACUCUGCACUCGUAUGUCGAGCAAAAUGCUUGGACUGAAGAACUGAAGGAGCAACUGGGAGUGUGCAGCAGGUCUGUCUUUGGUGUGGAGCCAUCCCAGAUGUCCUUCCUGUUCUUCCUCAUGUACGCCGCUGCAGCUGGAGGUCUCAUGGCGCUUCUGGAGAGCACUCCAGGCUGUGCUCAGGAGUUCAAGAUAAAGGGAGGCACCCAACAACUUUCUGAAUGUCUGGCCCAGCGGGUUGGCUGGAAGAACGUCCGGCUGGGCUCUGCUGUGACGGCCAUAUGGCAGGAUGCAGAGUGGGCCAGGGUCACGACGACCCACGACACCUUCUUGUGCCGGGCUGUGAUCGUCACUUGCCCCCCUCAUUUGGCAGCAAAGAUCCAGUACCAGCCAGCCCUGCCCAGUAUGAGAGAGUUCCUCACCCAGAACAUGCCUGUCGGCCAUAUGAUGAAGUUUAUUGUUACAUAUCAGACGGCCUUUUGGAAAGAGAAGGGCUUCUCUGGGGAAAUCGUGGCUGGGUCUUCCACCGACUGUCCGUUCUGUGUCACCUUUGACGCCACCAGCCCCCGUGGUAACCCGGCCCUGGUGGGCUUUAUUUCUGGCCAGCAGGCUACUCUUUGGAGUACAAAAGAGGCUGGAGAAAGAAGAAACGCUGUGCUCUCUAGUCUGGAGAGGUAUCUUGGUCCUGAGGCUGCAUCGUUUAUUCACUAUGAAGAGAAAGACUGGGCUCAGGAGGAGUACAGUGGCGGCUGCCCCGUCAAUGUCAUGGCACCUGGUCUGCUAACAUAUUACCAGCCGAGCCUCAGGAAGCCUUGUGGCAGGAUCCACUGGGCCGGCACUGAGACUGCGAUGCAGUGGUGUGGCUACAUGAGCGGUGCCGUGCAGUCUGGUCAACGAGCAGCUCUGGAGGUGCUGGCUGAGGUCUGCCACGUGGCCCUGACAGCGGAGGAGCAGGAGGCCCUGGUCCAGGGUCAAGCUGUCAAGGGUCCCCCGCAGCAAACCCCGCUCUCCAGGCUCCUCAACGGACUCACAAGAAAGUCUGUGGCGAUACCGGUGCUGACAAUAAGUGCCGCUCUCCUGCUGGCUCAGCAUCAACAUUUAAUGACGAAGAUCAAAACUUACAUGACAAAUGCUUUCUAAAUAAGCAAGAGUCAUAUCGUGCAAUUACAACAAAACCUUUGGCAGACAUGCUUAUUCCAACUAGUGGAUUUGAAAAUGCAGUCACGGCCAAAGGUUUUGUCAGUUAGUGUUGAUAUUUGUAGAGUCCUGCUCCAACAAGGUAUGUCAAUGUUUCUAAAUCAAUCAGUCUCAUAACUUGUCAAAGCCAAUCUGAAUUAUAAACUCUUUCUGUCAUUCUAACAGAAGAACAUGGAGACGUCCGAGUAGUCCUCAAAACAAUGCAUUUAUUUAAAAUCUGUGUAGAGAUUAAUACUUCUAAUAAAAAUGUAAAGAUUGACAAAAGCUCCAAAUGAUUAAGUAUUAACUUUAUUACAAACAAACAUUGAAGCUUGUUUGAUUUGAUUAAAACAAAUCAAGCCACUAAAUGAACCGCUCACUUUCAAUUUACUGGCCAAGAAUAUCAGAAAUUUAAAAAGAAAUUCCCCUUCCCUUUAAACUGUCUCGGUUGAGUAUAUUGAAUCUGUAUUUUAAUUGGUUUCAUCACUGGUAUAGAACGUUUUUUACUCCUUCCUGGUUUUGUACUCCAUUUUCCUUUUCUGUAGUUCCUUUUCUUAGAUUGUUCACCUUUUCUCUUAUCUUAUUGAUCAGAUUUAUUCUUAUUUUUGCUGUGCAACCCAUGUUUUUAACUUCUCAGUGUGAAUAAAUCAAUAAACACUAA